UAUGUACCAUCGCAUCUGGGACAACAAACAAACAUGAAGAUGUUCGUGGUAGCAUCCGCUUUUGCAGCUUUUCUUCUCGUAAUCCCAUGUGUCGAUGCACAGGUUUAUGGCCGGCUUAUGAAUGGAACUGCCCCGUGGAAUGGCCGCCUGGAGAUGUUCUACAAAAGUAGUUGGCGAAAAGUCUGUGGCUAUGGGUUUAGGAAACAAGAGGCGCAGGUGGCCUGCAGGAUGAUGGGCUUCAACACGUCGCAAGUUUUCGCCGUGGAUACAAAGAGUUUCGAGUUCAAGGAAAUCUAUUUAUACCUUGAUGGCCUGAGGUGCACAGGCGAGGAGACCAGCUUAGAAAAUUGUUACCAUUUAUGGUUUUCCGUGGACACCUACUGCUCAGGUGUCGCUGGUAUCACCUGCAACACAGAACACACAGGACUUCGGUUUAAGGAUAUCCAAGACAUGACACCUAACAGAGGUCUUGUACAGGUAGACAUCGGAGAUGGUCAUUGGGAGACACUGUGUGUGUCAUCUAACAUCACUGCCAGUGUCGUCUGUAGACACCUCGGCUUACCAUCGUGA